UUUUAUUAUGAAGGUCGGAUUGGGAGGCUCUAACCGGAAGUGCUGGAUAAAUAGCUGAAUUGGCACAGCUGUGAAAUCUCCGAGCAUCAGGUCUCUGCGUGUGCUGUUAUAGAGGACAGUCAUGUCCUCAGACCUGCUGGUGGAUCUGAGCGAUGAUCUGGGAGGAGACGAUUCUCCCGGUGCGGCUCUCGACCAGCUGAAACUGGUGCCGGAAAAGCAAUGGCCACAGGAUGAACCCGUCAGCGUCAGCAAGUCCUCUACAGAUAUUAAGAGCCUCAGCCCACACCUGACAUGGGAUGAUAAAUUCUAUGACAUUGCCAGGCAUCAAAUAGUGGAAGUGGCAGGUGAUGAUAACUUUGGCCGAAAGGUGAUAGUGUUCAGUGCGUGUCGCAUGCCACCUCAACAUCAGCUAAACCACCACAUGUUACUGAUGUACCUGAAAGACACCCUGGAUAAGUAUGUGGAGAGUGAUUACACUCUGAUCUACUUCCACCACGGCAUGACUAGUGAGAACAAAUUGUCCCUCAGCUGGCUACGAGAGGCCUACCGCGAGUUUGAAAGAAAGUAUAAGAAGAACAUUAAGGCGUUUUACAUCGUCCAUCCCACCAUGUUUAUCAGAACCGUCCUCAUCUUCUUCAAACCACUGAUCAGCUUUAAGUUUGGCCGUAAGGUCCACUACGUGAAUUAUCUAAGUGAACUGGAGGAGGUAGUGAAGUGUGAUAAGCUGGUUAUUCCCAGUCGAGUCAGAGAGUAUGAUGAUAAAAUCCGUAUGAACCUGAAGCCAUCAGUGGUACCCGGCCCAGUUUCUCCCACCCCGAGCACUCCUUUGCCCUUCCAGCAGUUUGGGGUACCGCUCUCAAUGUUAAAAGACAGGGGUGCAGAGUGGACCGGGGUCCCGCUGGUGAUGCGAGACACCAUCAAUUUCCUGCGAGAAAAGGGUCUAAAAACAGAGGGAAUAUUUCGGCGCUCUGCUAACGUGAAUCAGGUGAAGAACAUCAAACUCAAAUACAACUCAGGUGAGCAGGUGGAUUUCUUUGAGAUAGACGACGUGCAUUUGGCUGCAGUCAUUUUAAAGACGUUCCUCAGAGAGCUGCCAGAACCUCUGCUCACGUACAGACUCUACAACGACGUCGUUAACUUUAACAGCAAGGAAAGUGAUUCUCAAGCUUUUACAGUCCGGAACAUGCUGACGUCACUUCCUGAGGAGAACUAUGUGUCAUUGCGCUUCCUCGUCCAGUUUCUCGCUCAGGUGUCAGCUGAGAGCGAGGUAAACAAGAUGAUCAAUAUAAACCUGGCCGUGGUGUUCGGCCCCAAUCUGCUGUGGCCACAGGAUGCCGCCAUGACCCUCAGCUCAAUCGGACCAAUCAACAACUUCACCCGCGUCCUUCUUGACCUGAACAUGGAUGCGUUCAGCCAGUGAAACACCUGCUUCUGAAGAUAAUCCACACCGUUGUGAUUUUAUCCUUUGUGUUGUCAAAUUCACGAGUGUUGUUAAUGGGUGACAGAAAGGAAAGAGGCAGGUACAGGAUUUGAGAAACUGAGGGCGGGUUUUUUUUUAAGGAUACUUAUACCUUUUUUUUUUCCGAUUGAGGCAUGACAGAAUUCAGACAAUCAGUAAUUUGUCUUUUCUGCUUAUCCUGUUAAGAUCAUGUAGCUCUUAUCAUUAUCAUGGUACUGGAUUCUCUCUCAGACCAAACUCGGAAGCAUAUACAUACAUUACAUACAGAAAACUCCAAUCGUAUGAGUCCACAAUCAGGAAAUUUCUCAUUUGUCAAAACAGUUAUGUGGAUGGAGACGUAAUGUAGAGGUGUUAGUUGCUGCAUAAUGCAUCGCUUUCUCAGUAAACAGUGUCAUAAUAUGGAGAAAAUAAUAAAGCAAGCAAGAAGUGCAGCUCUAUUUUGGUUUCAUACAAAACUUUGAUUUUAACAUAACCAGCAGAAUCCAUAGUGAAAUUUUAGAGUGAGUUGGAAAGAUGAGGAUAUUCGGGAAAAAGUUAUGAACCGUAUUUUUAGAUGAAAAAAUACAGGGGUGGACCAAGAGUAUGGAUCCAAACUGGACUUAAAGUUUUAAGGUGAAAAAAAAUGCUCAAAUCCAUAGUGUCUGUCUGCUGAGGUUGUUGCAUGCAAAGACGAUUUUCUUCUUCAGUGCAGUGAUCGUUCUUGAUUCGGAUAACCUUAAAGAAAAAAAUGAAUAGGUUGUGUUAGAGCUGAUUUUAUUCUUUCUGGGUCUGGAAUUAAACAUGUCCAUGGAUUCAGACAUUUGGGCCUCACUGUAUUGGGUUUAGCUUUUUUUUUUUUUUUUUUUUUUUAGCUUUGGGGGAUCAUUUUGAUCGUUAUGAACCUUUUGUACAGAUAUUACUCUAGGAUCAUUCAAAGUACAGUAUAAGCUUUUUUUUGUGUAAGAAAGAAAUCCUUUUCUGUAUCAGCCAUAGUCACAGCUAUGGACCAGUAUAAAGCACUAAUACUCAAACUUGAAACACUUGUUUGUUUUUGUUUUUACCUUUAGAGGUUCAGUUAGUCUUUAUUUUAUUAUAUUUCCAAUAUUUUCAAAAUUGUAUAAUCUUUUCUACUGUAUUGGUGUCAUUCUAUGCUUUUUCUAUAGUAGUCUGAUGCAGACUGUUUUUUUAAUGUCUUUCUGUCUGUUUAAUAGCUAUAACACAUACGUACCUGCAGACUAUAUUUUACAUACCAUUGCUGUACAUGAUCGUAUUCAGUGAAGAUAAACAAAUUACAGUCAAGAGAUGCUGAUUUGGAUUCAGUGUCUGGGUCUUGUAUUGAGUUGAGGACUGACCCCAGAUUAUUGCAUCUGGAAAAAAAUUGCCCUGCAGGCAGUCAUGAUGUGUCUCAGAGUGGCAGCCCACGGUUAUUAAUGCUGAACAUGCGGAGGCAUAGAUCUGUUACUGAACAGUGGCACUGACUAAAGAUACAAAACCACAUGCCUGAGCUGUCAUGAACUUUAAAACAUCUGAUAUUUUCUCUUUCUUUCACAAGUAAUAUUGAGUUGAAAUCAAUUUUCAGAUUAUUUUCAGUGUUUUGUGAAAGACAACAGAGCUGGAACACCUGGGACUCAAUAUUAACUUCUCCAUAUUUCAGAUCAUCCAUGCAUUAUCCUGUAUAAUCACACAAUGAAACAAAAUGACAGAUGAACCUGAAGCUUGUGUUUCCAUGAACAUACAGUAUAGCACAACACCUUUUUGUUGGAUAUAAGCUGUAUUAUAUUAUAUUGUAUCUGUAGAUCAUUUCCAGAGCAGCAGGGACAGAGUCAUAAUUAUUUACGCAGUGGGCUGUUUUUUUCUCAGUCUGACUUGAGUUUCACAGCCUUGUAUAAAAUAUCCAAUGCACUGCAGUAGGUAAAGAACACCCAUAAUGCACUUUGGUGUUUUUAAGAACCAGUGCACGACUCCAGCCAGGCAAACAUGGAUGAGCAGGGUUUUAUUCAUUGAAAUAAAUAUUGAAGUGUAAAUGUUUACUGUGUUCUAACAUUACAGCAGUUAUUUAAAAAAAAAAGAUAGCAUUUAGUGACCCUCCCCAAAGCCCUUGUGUUUGUGUGCCUUACUGAAGUUUUAGCCCCGUCGUAGAUCUUCUUGUUGCAAAUUAGAGCCACGUGAGCCUCCUUCCCGUCUUCGGAUCUGUGAACUUUUGUGCCUUUUUGUCGUAAAAUCUGAACCCAGUGCCAUCCAUAUCACUUUGCUGUAGAUAUCUGUAGUUCUGCUUUCUUGCGUGUGAGAAAGCUUCAACCUCCAUCUUCACUGUUUGUGUAAUUCUUUUCAGAUCUGUACUUUUGUACAUGUGGUAAUAAAUGGUAUAUGAACAAAGGAAUAAAACAUAUACAGUGGUAUUUUAUUUAGUGCUGUAGAGGUGGGUUUUUUUUUUAACAAACAAUGGAUCUUGAAAUAAAAGGGAUUAAAUGCA